AUGGGUCAGACUGCAACCAGAGAAUCUGCUGUCGAGUUUCUCCCGCCGGUUCAAACUCGCGAGGAACUCCAGGAGAGAUUUAAAUGGUGCCUAUCAAGGCACUUUUUUAAUGAUGCGAGGAGUGAGUGGUUGCAGACCAUUUUCGAUAUCUUCUGCAGCAAGUCAGAAUCGGGGAAAUUCUGGACGGUUUCAGAUCUGCAGGAAUUCAUGAUCAGCACCUUUCCUCCAGCGUUGGCAGCGUGUGUCGGUGAAGCUGCCCCGAUUCUACAUCGCUGUCUCCUGCGACUUGGAUCGUUUCCAUACCACAACGAUCCACACCGUAUAAUGUCGCAGGAUGUCCUGCGCACAGGAAUUAUUAUUCUGCUGAGAUUAGAUGGAGGCAACCUUCUUCAACAAGAUGUCGACAAAGCGUCACUCAUCUACCCUGAUCGUCUCAAUGCCGCACAACGCACCUUAUUGUUUCAGAGCAUGGCAGACGUGCAAGCAACUGCUACCAAUACAUCUCGCAAUAUGGAAGAUAACUUUCAUCUUCAGAAAGCGCUAGAUCUGAUCACGUAUGGUAAUUUCAGGCGCAAUCCACGGUUUCCGACCGCUGUGACCAAAGGGCCUGAAUAUCCUGCCGCUGAACAUUUUCCAUCGUCCAACUCAACAUUGACGGAUGGAUAUAUUCCAUUGAAGGACUUUAGACCUUUGCUACGGUUGAUGUUUCUGACGCAGUUGCAUGUAGCCGGUAUUGAACCGGAAGAAUUCAUCUCCUCUCUAUCACAGGUUGAAACUAUGACAGACUGCCUGUUGACCGGAUUUCAAGACCGAAGUGCAGCGGAUUCUACAGGUGUAUCAUUCGCUACUUUUGAUCAAGUACUUGACAAGUCACUGCAAAACCUUUUCUUGGGACUCCCCCGAGUUUUGGGGCCUUUACACUCGGUCAAACCCUUGCCGUCUGAGAAGCCCCCAUCAUCAGUUAGAGACGCACAGGUGCUGCUGAGGGAACUGUUCACUUCUUCAAUCAAAACACAGCCUCCUCCUGAGGGGCUGAUCACGAAUCUCCCCCUCUUAAGUCAGAUAUCAAUGACCUUGCCCCAAGACUUUCCCAUCGAAGCACAGAAGAGUCUCUAUUCCUCUCCGGACAUAGAUAUUGCGCAAGUAGGUACUUGGAUGUCCAUGACCAGCUCGGCGAAAAUUAUCCUUGUGUCAGGCAAGAGUGCAUCGGAAUCUGCCAUAUUUGGCGCAUACUUUCCCAAAGGCUCUUUACUCAGUGGUGUUGCCAAGUCAAACAUCAUUUUCCAGCUUGCGCCAGUUCCGAGAGUCUUCUAUAACUCUGAGGAGAUGUCGCAGAUCAACCGGGACUUCUCCGCAACAGACAGUCGGUUGGAAUUCUCGGUGAAGGAUAAUGUCCUGGGCGUCAUUACUCUGGCAUUGCAGUCGGACUCGACAGGCCUCUUUACGGUACAUGAAAAAGGCGACAUCAGUCUGACAUUCGACGUUGACGCUGUGGAAGUUUUCAGUUAUGAAGGAGAAUUUGUUCGUGUUGAUACAUUUGAAUAG